GAUCAUUUCAAUAUGAUACCCCAAUGUACGUCCGAACAUACGGUUUGGAUGAGCAUGUGCCGGGUAGUUUUAAAACCCAGGCAAUUGAACAUUGCGUACCCUAUUAUAGUGAGCGUGAUGUAGCGUACGGCGUUACCGAUAAUAGGAAAUCUGUGCAUGGUAAAACAUACGCAGAUACUGUUAAUGUUCAGGCUAUUCGGGAACGGGUGGACAGGGAGGAUCGGGCACGUUAUGAACAGGCACUACAAGAAGCUAAAAGGGAGAAAGCUAAUCAAAGACCAAUACCAAAACCAGAUUAUAAUAGCGUGAAUGAGCAAGGAACCUAUGAUCCACAAUUGGAGCAAGCUUUGCAAAUGAGCAAGAUUCAAAGCAAGUGGGAUAGCAAAAGGAGGUUAGAAACGGAAUGGCAAACAAAGAAUAAACUCAAAGAAACUGCUAAAACCGAACUUCAAGAAAAACUGUACCGGAUAGUUUCCACCGAACUAUACACACCGGAAAAAUUAAUGGAAAUAAAAAGGGCGCUUGGUGAAUACGAAACCACAACUGGCACUACCAUAUUCGAUACGUGCCAGAUAAGUGAUCUGCACCAUAAGGACCUGAACGAUACAUCUAGUACCGCCCUCUAUGGGGACUAUUCACGUAUGGAGUCGUUGAGGGUUAUCACUGCUACCACAUUGAUAAAACACCAAGGUGUUUUUGAAAAGUACAUGGAUGAGCAGCGAGUCAAGUAUGGCUAUAAUCAUGAACUCUCAUUUGAAGGGUUAGUGCGGGCGGCUGUGGAUUUGCAGGUUUGGGGCGAUGAGCUACAUGUAAUGGCCCUAUCAUUAGCAUUGCAUCGACCUAUAUAUAGCUACGGGUCUUUACGGUUAGCGUUUGACACAAAGUCGCCGAAACAUUACGAAGAGCUUAAGGAGGCCUAUGAACGACAAACAAUUCAAAACCAUUUCCGGUAUAUCGCCGAUGAGAACAAUAUCGGCGCCCAACCCAUACUACUCUACUAUAACGGUAGGGAUCACUACAGUGUGGUGUUGCCGGUUAGGGAUGAUGUGGUGGCACUCGUACCACAAAUGCAAUUAUUAGAGCCUAUAUUUAAACGUAGAGCUGAUGAUCAAGAUUUAAUUGUACUUGAUGAACCAAAGAAUGACAAAAGCGACCCAGACGAUAAUUUGAAUAAUAAUGAAAUUACUGAAUCUGAGAUUCCUGUUAAAACAACAUUGACGUUGAAUAAACAGGAACAAUCUAUUGAACCAAAAUUAAACAACCCUGGAAAUAAAGAAAACCAAGAUAAAAUGAUUGAUUUAAUGAAACGCGAGUUUGAUAAGCAAAUCAACGAGCUAACUCAAAAAAUGAGCACGCUUAACGCUCAUAUUAUUAAAGUCAAUAGCGAAAAUAGUCGCUUUAAUGAGCAUGUACGUUUAUUGAGCGACAAGUGUAGUCAAUUGCAACGAGACAAAUUAACCUGGACAAAAGAGAAGGAAACGUACCAGGAUGAAAAUAGAAAAUUAUUUAACCGUAUGUUGGACUUGGAUUAUCAACUUAAACAAUGUAUGGAAGGUGAAUUACCUGGCUCAUAUACCGCUGUUAACAAUGGGGGUUUGAAUGCGAAUGAUGUGCCAAUAAAUGGUCUUGGUAUAAAUGGUCACAACGGUAAUAUUUCUAAAUCAAUAAACCCUGAUAAUAUUUGUUGGGUAACCCAACCGAACCCAACUUGGGUUCGCGGAAUUGACAAUGGAGUUAAGGGUGUCAAUUAUCCUAGAUCAUUUGUUAAUCCACCACCUGGCAUGUCAGGCAACGUUUACCCGCAUAACAAUCAUACGUAUAUAAAACAGAUUAAUACUGAAAAUGUGCUUGAUAAAAAUAAUGAUAAAAUUCAGGCGCCAGAACCAAUGCAAACUGAUAUGUAAUUGCGU